UAAUAUUUUGAGACUUUGUAAUGCAUGCUGUCUUAAUAUAUUUGAAGGGUGUUCCGAUCAAAAUUUGGUCGACUUAAUUAAUUUGUCCAGCCAUCUUUAAGAAACAGAAAAUAAUGUGGACACACUAAUAGACUUGGAUUUUCAAAUGCCAGAGUGAUUUUGCAUUAUUUGACAGAUUUUUAAAUUUACCCUUGUCAUUGUAUAACAAUACUAGACAGAUAAAAUAUUUAAUGAGGACGCCAAAUGGCAUAUUCUGUAGUAGGGCAAUGUUUUACUAUAAUUUAAAAGGGUGAAUGCAGUGCAUCGUAUGCAGCAAAACCAUCGCUCUGAUAUCUUUCGAGCCGUCACCUAAACUACUAAAGCGAUUGAAUGCAAAUUGCAACUUGCCUUUUGUCCAUUCAGUUGAAAUAUGAAGACACUGCAAAACUGGUUGAAUACCAGACAGCCGGCACAAUGAAAUUGAUAACUACCUUCUUCUCAGAUAUAUUAAAUAUGCGGUAGUAGCAUAAAAAGUGUAAAGUACGAUGAGUAUUAUGAGGGCUGAUAAAACAAUUACUUUUUUUUGAGAAAAUUGAACAGGUUUCCGCGCAUAUGUAUAGUACCCAUAAAAUGAAAAUGCAUUGAUUGCUUUAUUGAAAAUCAUUCAACUCAUAACUGUUGCAGGACUGGACAAGAUACGAGCCGUAGCUUUUUGUAGAUUAUAACUAGCAGUUUCAGGUUAAACUAUAUAAAAAUUGGUAGUUUUCUUUUGCUGCAUCCAUAAACUAAACGCCUUUUUAUUCAUUUAGCUAUUCUUCUUAGCCAACGUCAUAUUUUCAAUUAUCUAAGCACAGUGAAAGUUGCACAUACAGAGUUUGUUGUUAUAUGAGAAUUUGCCGCAACAAAAUCUAAUCUCAGGAUAUUCAACUGCGAGUAUUGAUAUAUUACAUAGUUUCAUUGAAAGCAACAUAUUUGCGAAAAGUUUGGAAAUACGGCAGCUGUACACGAUAAGUUCAAUGAAUUUCCGAUAAUUUUUUCGAUUCUGCACGUGCAAUAGUAAUGAUCACAUUUGUCCAACAACUGGCAUCACAUACUUCCAAGAAUAAAUGGGACUCCAUUUCAACACUCGACGAAAAAAUCGCCACAUGUGUGCUCUCCCCAUUCGCUCGUACAACUUUCCUCCGAUACUGGAAAAACCAAACGAAGAACAUCGUUUAAUUUAACGACCGUCAAACUUUUCUUUUCGCCCGUCCAUGUAGUGGAGUAAACUUUUUCCUUUUCCACCGAAUUUUCCGCUUCGGUAAGGAAAAAACUAACAAGCGAAUAACGGCCAUAGACAAACAACAUAUAGAGGAAUAAACCAGCUUGAAGAAGCCCAGCACAGGACAAAAAGAAACUUUCGGAAAGAAAUUUCGAAAUACUCCACUCAUAAGAACGGUUUCCCCAUUCCGGCGCAGGGCACCGCAGCGGAUCUUCAUGUGAUGGUCCAAGUUUUUCCGCUCCAUCUCCGUCGCAUAACGAUGGGCUUUCUCUGGUUGGGGGGGUUAUCCUUCCUGUAUGGGUGGGAGCCAGUCGUGGUCGAUCUCUGCAAAUGACACCAAAAAGGUACCGUCAUCAUCGUCAUCGGUGUCGUUAUGUGAUCACAUAAAAGUGCAAUCAUCGACAGCGGGUGGCCACUUGAGAUUGAGACCCCGGACACGGUUGUGUGUGCGUCUGGGUAGGCUUGUUGAAGGGCCUAUUGUGUAGAUGAUAAACGACGAGGGACUGAAGCAUGGCAGAGACGGGAGCUGGGGCCUAUUGUGAAAAGAUUGUUGAAAACUUGUCCGCUAGGGGAAUCGGUAACAAGCGAUAGCUUCUUAUUGCUAGAGGAUGUACUUGUGAUGCAAGAAGAAGUUCUUGGAGCUUAGAGACUUUUUAUAGCUAUUGAGCCCGUAAUACGUUGGGGUUUUCUGUAAAGGCUUGAUGGUUAGCCAUUUGACUGGAUACCAAUCGCUGAGAUGGUAGGUAAGAAUAAUUCCAACUACUCAAUAUAGCUGCUUCCUACUUACUCUAUGCAUGAUUAGCAGCUUGAGACAAAGAUGCUUUGAACAGUAUGCAAUCUCACAAAGGAGCUUUGUUUCAGAUAUAUAAAUAGUUGACUUUGUCUGCAGGCGUAAAUUGUUACGCAAAGGUAACACACGAAGUACUGUUAAAUAAAUUGUGAUUCCCAACGUGAGACAUGCUAAAAAUAGUCGCAUUGCUACUGGUGUUAUCCUUACAGGACGUGAAAUCGGACUCACUACACGACGAUCUGCUUGAUUUGGAGCAAAAUGUGCCGAUGGGUCGGAUCUCACAACUUUUUGUUCAAUAUAUCAUUCAAGAUUCUGAAUUUCGACGUAGCUUACAGUAUGUUCGGUCAGCCGAAUUUUCCGACGCAUGGAACCAGUUCCUAACGAUAGGAAAGGUGCAUCAAUUACUCUCGUAUAUGAUAAACGCCGGACUAACGGUUGAUAAGGUGUUAUAUAUGUUUGCUGAAUUUACUGGAAUUGAGCCACCGUCAGUGGUUUUUAAAAGAUCAAUUGGUAAGACAGGUGGGUUAAAUGCAUUCGUGGAUGAUGUUAUCGAGGCAGUGGCGUUGAGCCAGGUGAAAACAAUUACCGAGGAAAAGAAAAAGCUCAGCCCAGAGUUUUUGCAAAUGACUGAGACGAUGAAUUCGGAUGAAUAUAAACGCUUGUAUGCCGAAGCACUUGACGAUCCGGAAGUUCGAUUGCUGCAGGAGAAGCUACGAAUAUAUGGUAUUGAGAUACCGAAGCUACUGGAUCUGAUGAAAGCUUUCUUUGGGUGGUCAGCUUUCUUUUAGUUUACUUGGAACCGGUAUGAUGCAAUGAAAUUCAAAUAAAUUAAAAAUUAAAUAAAUAUGCCAACUAUCAUAGCGGAGUGUGGUCAGUCAUAUACAUUGACUCAUUACCCUAAGAUUUUUUGGCAAAAGCCAA